AUGAGUAGUACUCUCCCAGGGUUUUCUUCUGGCAGUGGACGACGUAUAAAUCCUCUUUCGGAGGAGUCAAUUAACCGAGCACGAUCCUUUUUCGAAGAAGAUCGUAAAGAUCCAAAUAAUCUUCCCGGAUUUUCUUUUGGUAAUGGACGCUAUGUGAAUCCAAUUUCAGAGGAAUCACUUAACAGAGUACGGGGCCUUUUUGAUGAUGAUAAAGAUUCCGGAAGUUUGUCUGGAUUUUCUUCCGUUAGAACUCCAAAAAAUCUUUCUGGAUUUUCUUCUGGUAGUGGACGUUACAUAGGUUCACUUUCAGAGGACCAACUUAAUAAAGCGCGACGUCUUUUUGAUGAGAAAGCAUCAUGUUCAAAUUACACACAUAAGCCGAAUACUCCAAAGAGGACUAUCGAUAAUCAUUCUUUGCAUGCACCAAAAAAAAGAAAAAUACUGCAGCAAAAUCAAAAUAUUAUGAACAGUAAAACUUGUUUGUCCGCAGGUCAGUAUUGUGAAAGUACCGAAGUCUUGUCGUCAUGGGGCGCAAGUGAAGCAUAUACUUGUCUUAUUGAACGUGGAGCGAAUCCAAAUCUUAUUGACGAGCAAGUUCUAUAUGUGUGGACUGGAAUUAAUUGUGCACACCGUUCUGCGCUCAAAUUAAUCAUAGAAGGAGAUGGAAAUGCAAGCUGGCCUAUGGUUUUAUGUGUGUCUAAUAUAUUUGAAGAUCCUGACGUUCAAACAACGAUUCCGUUAGCUGAAACAUGUCAAAUUAAAUAUGGACUUGAGUUGACAGAUACAUGGUAUAAAAUUCGGGCCAGUAUUGAUCAACCGCUUCAGCGUGCCAUUAUGAGAUCAAAAAUACGGAUUGGAUAUAAAUUAGAAAUAUAUGGAGCCAAAAUUGUAGGGGGAUCCACUGGAUUACCUGCUCUCGAUAUAUCGGGCUCUCCUAUUCGAUUAGACAUUUCUGCAAACUCUACUAAACUUGCACAUUGGGAUGCAAAAUUAGGAGUUGGACGAUUUCGUUCGUACGCGUUAUUACACAGUCUUUCUCCUGAUGGUGGAUUUAUUCCUGCGAUUGAUGUAGUAGUUCAACGGAAGUACCCACUACUUUUUCGCGAGACAAUGAAGGAUGGAACCGUAAUUAUACGUAAUGCAAAGGGUGAAGAACAUGCUAUGAAGGAACAUGAAGUAUGUGGAUUAAAACUUUCUUAUCGUUUAGAACUUCAGAGCAUUACAGCUGGUGAUGAACUUUAUGCCCUUAUUCAAAAUAGUGGUGACAUUUCCGAAUUUUCCAAAGAAUUAAGUUCUUUGCAGAUUGAACGACUUCAUGAAUAUAUCCAACGGAGAAAUGAAGAAAAAGCAGUCAAGAUGAGCCAAUGGAUUUCCGAACAAUCUUUGUAUAUAGAAAAUAAACGUACCGUUACGGCUUUUUUUAAAAUUCGCGUGUGUGAUUAUCAUCCGUAUUCAUCACCUAUUCGUGGACGUGACGCUAUAAUCACUAUUUGGAAUCCCGAUGAAUUUUUGAUUAAUUAUCUACAGGAAGGGCGUCGAUACAAGCCUUAUUUUAGUGACAAAUUCGGAAAACAAAUCCAAUUUCAAAACAUUUUGGCACUUGAUAGUAGUGAACAGAUCGUACAAAUAGAAGUUAAAGAUUCGAUAUCAGUCGGUAUGGGCAAAAUAUUGAAGAAUACUCUCGCUUUUAGCAAUUUGCGAUACCGUAACUAUGACCCGAAGUAUGCGGUUUAUAUUUUAUCGUCAUGUGAUGAAACAGAAAUCAAGAUGUCACCAUGUGAAACGUAUUUAAGACAGGCUAUGGACGAUUUAGAAAAUUGGAUCACGAGUAAUGCUUCGGUUAUUUCCAAAUACGAAGCAAUUGCAAUGGAGCUUUGCAAGUCUCCAUUUGAUAAUGACAUUCCCUAA